AAAGACCAGGUUGGUUGUUUGGGAGUCAAACCUGGGGUGUUUCUGUUGCAGUGGUGAGGAGAGUGUUAAUGCAAACCACUGAAGUUGGCGAUGACUCUUGACAUGAUGUGCAGGUUGCCUUGGAUAUGCCUUUACUUAAUAAGUGAAAUAUGCUGCCAACAACUUCAACAAGGGUUGGAUGUUCCCCAGAGUUAUGGCUACUUUGCUUUCAGGCUUAGGCCACCGGCCCCAGUGAGCCAGGUGGCCAAGAUGCCCCAGGUGCAGGCCCUGAUGGCCUCCAUGCCGGUCGAGAUGCCCCUGCCCCAAAUGACACAGUCCAACCCUUUAGGUAGUCCUGAUGGCUCCUCCAUGGAUGUCAGUGGAGAAACCACUUCUAAUGGUGGUGAUGCUGAGGGUCCCUCAUCAGGGCAAAAGCGCUCCCUUGUGAUCACAGAGCCAUCAGGUUUUCAAACGCGCUACGUGGAUAAAUCCUUCAAUCGUUACGUGCGUGGAAAAAGGCACGUGCCCCCGUUCCCAGUGAGCCAGGUGGCCAAGAUGCCCCCAGUGAGCCAGGUGGCCAAGAUGCCCCCAGUGAGCCAGGUGGCCAAGAUGCCCCCAGUGAGCCAGGUGGCCAAGAUGCCCCCAGUGAGCCAGGUGGCCAAGAUGCCCCCAGUGAGCCAGGUGGCCAAGAUGCCCCAGGUGCAGGGUCCCUCAUCAGGGCAAGAGCGCUCCCUUGUCAUCACAGAUUCAUCAGGUUUUCAAGCGAGCUACGUAGAUAAAUCCUGAACAUGAAGCCCAGACUGACCAAACUGUAGACUACACUCCUUCAAGGCCCGCAACUCAAACCUGAAUGGAUAUGUAGGAUGCACUUUACAUUGUGGCUAAAACAAUAAAAGACUUUCUCUAA